UCAUACGUCAUACUUCUGCGCAAGAUUUGAGUGAUACACACUUUUAACGCAGUUGUUAUUGUUGCGGAAUGUUGGCUGUACACCUGUGACUCAGUAGCGGCAGUGUUAUGUCCUGAAGUGUUGUAUUGUAAUCAGCUGAGAACCCAAAUAUGAAUAUGAAUGAGUCAGUUGAUUGAUGAUAUGUGGUUGCUGUUAUUGUAAUGGAGAUUAAUAAAACAAGGGUGUUCAUUUAUGCAUUAACAUUUCUGGGCUAUGCCUUUAGUGGGUAUGGAGCAGAAAUAAUUACAAACUUGAGAGAUGCAGUAAUAGCAGCAGAAAGUGUUUUCGGAAGCUUUCUGAAGAAUGCAAUAACAUGGGUGAAACAAGUGAAGAACCUGCACGACGUCUUCGAUGCCGCGAUCGAAGAAACGUGUGUCUUCUCAUGUCCAAGGGGGGAGAAGCCUAAGAAAAAUAAAUAUCAUACACCAUCAAGUGAUGGAUGUGGUUCACAAGGACUGAAAAUUGACAAUGAAUAUCUGCCUGUGGGAGAUAUGACAAAUUGUUGCAAUGACCAUGAUAUCUGUUAUGAUACAUGUGGCUCAGAUAAAGAGAAGUGUGACUUGGAAUUCAAGAGAUGCUUGUACAAGAUUUGUGAAAAACACCAGAAACUGAUAACAGACAAAGGUGUUAAAGCUUGUAAGGCAGCAGCAAAGAUGUUAUUCACAGGCACACUUACACUUGGGUGCAAAUCCUUUCUGGACAGCCAAAAACGUGCAUGCUUUUGUCCAUCUUCCAAGCGAACUGAAUUCUGAAGUACUCUGGAAAUGCGAAACUAAGCUGUGAUAUUCUUGCUGGGUUGCUGGAAGUGCAUUACAAUUGAAGGGGUGAAGUGGAAUGUUCCUUGCCAAUUAUGUAUUAUUUUUAUCGGAAAGUUUGAAUAAGUAACUGUGUAGCACCUUCAUUUUAAAGAAAUACUGACAGCUUUUCAUUUAAUUUUAAAAUACAUCUAUGUACAUUGCAUGCUCUUCCAGCAUUGGAAUGAAUCUUUGUAGUCAUUCUU